AUGAUUUUUCUCAUCCUACUUCUUAGUUUCUCGUCGACUGCAAUUUCAAAUGAAAAGCUGACACCAAUUCUACCCGGUGAUCCUUAUAGCGUGAUUGGAGAUAUAGAAAAGCGUCAAUUGGGAAAAUGUACCUAUAUCUACGCCUGGUUAGUUAUUCCUCAAGGUUCACAUCAGGAUAUCUAUGCUCAUUACUCCGCUUGCAGCCGACUGGAAUUACAAUUCAUGGAAGCGGCAAGGGAAGCAAGGAGUUCUGAAGCAGACUUCAAGGUCAAUGUUGUCGAUGAAUUAAAUCGUGUAAACAAGGACUACACUGCCCAGUUAGUUGAUCUCGAAACUCUCGAUGCUCUCCUACAGACAGUGAAGGUCGCAGACAGAGUUCAGUCUUCCCCGCCUCUUACCACGAAGGACCGGAUCUUUUAUCUUGCUGAUAGACUCGGACAGUAUACUAUGUUGGCCAUGCUACGACCUGGACGACUACCAAAGAUUGAAAUUGUACCUCCACCUACUGAGAAAACUCAUAUUUUUCCGCAACACGUUCUUUGUUAUCGAAAAAGCUGUGAAUCAUCAACAAAACGUGGGCCUAAUGCUCCGCCAGCAUCGCCUUCUGGAGUGGGAACUGGUUCAACAAAUGCCUCCAUGGAAUAUAUUAUUCUUCUUGCUGAAGCUAAGCAAGAAAACCGUCGCCUUUAUAUUCAAUUAAUUAUCUACCGAGUGGUCUUUGCCCUGGCUGCCUUCUUGUGCAUAAUUCUUGCUAUUGUCACUCUGAUUUUGUGCUUCCGUAGCCAAAGGUCAGGAUCAAAAACUGCCAAAAAGUUAUCAAAACUGGAGGCCUCAUAUCACAGCGCACCUCCGUACAACUCAAUCAACAGUGCUUCCAAGAUUAACUCCCCAAAUAUUUAUGCAGAUUCUGUGGGGUAUCCAAAUAACACCGCCUUAGUGCUAGGAGAUAGUGCAAGUCUUCAAAAUACUGCAAUUUCUAGUAAUCUCAGUGGAUGUGAGCUUCUCGCUACUAAUGGCCUCAACGGAACGCCAUGUCAACACUUCGCAUACCAACCCCUCUAUGCACCUGAUGGUUCAGGUGGAAUUAAGGCCCUUGGACAGAAUAGAAUAUUUGGCUCUGGUGCUCAGAAUUUCUUCCCCAUCGUAACAGGCUUCGAUCGAUCGGCGAGCCCAGCUUCAGAGGGUUAUAGAACAGGAUCUCUUGAUCGACGUAGUGAUGUAGCAUCGGAGAAGAUUCGAAGGAGAACUCCCAUCCAAUUGAUUGCCUUGCCACAAGGUGCCGAAGCACCACCUACAGCUAAUUACAUAGCUCUAGCACAGCCAAUAUCACAAUAUCCACAACAAACCUUUAAGCCACAUCAAUCCUCGGAGAAUGUCCAAACAAUGGCUUCGCAUACAAGUGGUGGAACAGUGAUUCGAAAACUCCCCGGUGACAUGAACUUUCGAACGUCAUUGAAUGGCGAAUCUACGAGCAGCGGUGUUGCCAUGAGCUGA